AUGGCAUCUCCGCUCCAUGUCACUGAGCUCAACGUGAUAACGCUAUUCCUCAGCCUGUUCAUGGUGAUAUUCAUGCUCACCUCCUUAUUCAUCACCCAAAAAGUUUACCUGGGACCCGCGCCUGUGGCCUUCAUUGUUGGCAUCGUGUUUGGUCCUCGAGGAGUGUCGCUGAUCAACCCUUUGAGUUGGGACAAUGUGAACAUAAUCAUCCUCGAAAUUUCACGCAUUGUGCUCGCUGUUCAAAGUUUUGGCAAUGCCAUUGAGCUGCCGAAAACCUACCUGGAGAGACACUGGCAAUCUGUUGCGUAUAUCAUCGGCCCCGUCAUGAUCGGUGGUUGGCUCAUCACAACAUGCUUCGUCAAGCUGAUGGUCCCGGUGCUCAACUGGACGCAGUGCUUAGCCUGCUCGGCCUGCUUCAACGCCAUAGACCCUGUGCUUGCUGCCACAGUGCUGUCCGGAAAUUUUGGAAGGCGUGUACCAAAGCACCUCCGCGAUAUGUUGCGCACUGAGGCGGCCGCUAACGGGGUGACCACGACCAUUGUCUUGGAACUUGCAUCUUACUUACUUAGGUAUCCAUAUGCCUCCAAGACAGUUGCUACCAAGGUGUUUUCCAUAACCUUCGCCUACCAGUCCAUUUUUGGGACUUUUGCCGGCAUCAUUAUUGGCUACGUGGCGCGUAUCAGUCUUCGAAAAGCUUACAGACUAAAUACCAUUGACAGGCCGUCGAUGCUUGCGUUCUAUUUGAGCAUCGCGCUUCUGAGCACCGGAUUUGGGACCAUUAUCGGCGUUGAUGAAGUCAACAUGGCUUUCUUUGCAGGCAUCGGACUCGACAAUGACGAUUGGUAUGAGAGAAAAACGGAGCAGACGUUCUUCUCUUCAGCCAUAGAUUUGGUUCUCAACCUGAGCUAUUUCGUUCUUAUUGGUUCAGUCAUCCCAUGGCAGUCUUUCAACUCCGAUACUCUUUGUGUCAUACCAUGGCGACUUGUUGUAGGGGUGCUGUGUAUCUUCUUGUUCCGGCGCAUCCCGAUGCUAUUUUUGUUCAAGCGCCUUAUACCUGAUAUCAGAACUUGGAGAGAAGCCUUAUUUUAUGGUCAUUUCGGCCCAAUCGGCGCUGGCAGCAUCUUCUCGGCCCUCCUCAUCAGAGGUAACCUCAGCCCAGGUUCUAGGAUGGUAGUUGAUGCUGUACCCACAGAACCGGACACCAGACAAUUUCUCGACCAACUAUGGACGAUUGUGACCUUUGUUUUUGUCUGUUCCAAUAUUGUCCAUGGAACCAGUAUCGCCAUAUUCACCCUCGGGAAGAGGAUAAACACGCUAACAAUCACGUUGUCUUAUACACAGGAGGACGACAGGGUCGCAAGCUGGAUGAACCGACUGCCCAGAAAUACAUCAGAAUCGACGCGCAUGCCGCGUACAGAUUUGUCAAAUUGGGACGAAGAGCUCGAAAGGGAAGUCCCUCAGCCUGGUAUUCCAAAGCUGAUGCUACGACGCCAACGCGAAGAUGACGAAUUGUCCGAUCACCAACCAAGACGGCGAAGGAGAUCUAAGAGCUGGCCUCAAGUCACAGAGCGUCCCACUACUUCCGCAACUGCACCCACGAUGAGCAGCGUAGGACAUGUAUACCAAAUCGGCAACACUAUCAUCGUAGAAGAUGACGACGGAGAAAUCAUCAAGACAUACAAUCUUCCACCCUCCCAGUCACAAGAAAGUAGUGGAGUGUUCAGCCGCGGUUUCGCUAGUAUGGGACUCGGGGCAGGCACUAGACUCUCUACGAGGGACUUUAUUCGCCAGGUGCAAGAUCUCGGCCUGAACAGCCGCAUGGGGCCGGCGUCUGCAGAGGCAGAGGCAGAGGCAGAGGGAGAGGGAGAAGCAGGGCCUUCUACUGCAAUGCCCGGAGCAUAUGACAUCGACGACGAUGAGGAGACCCCAGCAGAGAAGAGACGGCGGCUAGCAGCGCUUGGACUCUCUCAACGCGGCGAUAACGACAGCGGCGAUGACGAUGAUAACUUCUCGAGGUACGCAGGCCCAAGUAAUCAAGUGCGAGAGGUUGAUGUUGAGACCACAAAGGCCGGAUCGUCUACGGAACCAAGAGGACGCUCGAGGAAGCAUGUUCAGUUUGAAUCAGACUUGUACCGUGCGUAG